GAAAGGAAAAGGGCUACCGCCACACCCAAGAUGGCCGAAAAGCUGUGGACGGACGUCUGGCCGGAAACAAGGAAGAGGAAGAACUAGGAGGUGGGAGAAGGGUCAUAGCAGGUUCUGCGCACGUGUGAGUCUCGCGCCGGGGCCUCAGUUUCUGAGUAGAAGUUGUUGCGGCCGCUGAUUCUUGGUCAAGAUGGGCAAGAAGGGGAAAGUAGGAAAGAGCCGAAGAGACAAGUUUUAUCACCUGGCCAAAGAGACAGGAUUCCGCUCCCGUUCUUCUUUUAAGUUGAUCCAGUUGAACCGCAAAUUCCAAUUCCUCCCAAAGUCACGGGCCCUGCUGGAUCUAUGUGCUGCUCCUGGAGGAUGGCUGCAGGUUGCCUCAAAAUUUAUGCCGGUGUCCAGUCUUAUUAUUGGGGUUGAUCUGGUUCCCAUCAAGCCCAUUCCUAAUGUGGUAACGCUGCAGGAAGACAUCACCACUGAGAAGUGUCGCCAGGCCUUGCGCAAGGAGCUGAAGACAUGGAAAGUGGAUGUUGUGCUGAACGAUGGGGCUCCCAAUGUGGGUGCCAGUUGGGUACAUGAUGCCUUUGCUCAAGCCAGCCUUACACUGUCAGCCCUGAAACUGGCCUGUGAUUUCUUGUCCAAGGGUGGCUGGUUCAUCACCAAGGUUUUCCGUUCCCGAGAUUACCAGCCCCUUCUGUGGAUCUUCCAGCAGCUCUUCCAUAAAGUGCAAGCCACCAAGCCACAAGCCUCACGUAAUGAGUCGGCGGAGAUCUUUGUGGUCUGCCAGGGUUACUUGGCUCCAGAUAAAAUUGACAAUAAAUUCUUUGACCCCAAGUUUGCCUUCAAAGAAGUGGAGGUACAGGCCAAGUCUGUGAGUGAACUGGUAUCCCAGAAGAAGCCAAAGGCAGAAGGAUAUGAAGAUGGAGCCACAGUUCUUUAUAACCGCUGCACUCUGACGGACUUUCUAAAAGCUUCCAAUCCAGUGGACUUCCUGGCCAAGGCCAGUGAGAUUGUCUUUGACAAUGAAGAGUUGGAACACCAUAGUGCAACCACUGAGGAAAUGCGCCAUUGUUGUCAAGACAUCCGUGUUCUUGGACGUAAGGAACUCCGGGCCCUGCUGAAUUGGAGAACAAAACUGAGGCGGUUUCUGGUGAAGAAGUUGAAAGAACAAGCGAAGGAAAUAGAUAUCAGUUUAAGUUCUGGUGAGGAAGAAGAAGGAGAGGAAGAAGUGCAGCCCAAGCAGACAGCUCCAGAAAUCCAAGAUGGAGAAGAAGAAGAAAAAGAGGCUGAAGAAUUGGAGUUACAACUUGCUCAGCUCAAAGCCCAGGAGAUGGCUGAACUAAAGAGGAAAAAACGUAAAAUUCUACGUGAGCGCAGGCGCCAACGAGAACGUGUUGAACUGAAGAUGGAUCUUCCUGGUGUUUCUGUUGCAGAUGAUGGGGACACAGGGAUGUUCUCUCUGCGGGCGGUUGGCAAAAACCAGCUGCUGCAUGAGUUGGUCCAGGGUGACAUGGCAGCUGCAGAUGCUUUUGUGGCAUCAUCCGGCAACGCUGACAGUGAUCUCUCUCUCUCGGAAGAAGGGGGCUCUGAGGAUGAUGUCUCUGUGGCCAGUGAGUUGGAUGAUGAGGAGAUGGCAGAGGUUGAGGAGCGGGCUAGACAACUGAAGCAGGCCCGCGUCCCAGAAAGAGUUGCCUCUGAAGAAGAGAUGGAGGAAGAGGAUGCUGAAGGAGGAAACCCUCUGUUAGUGCCACUGGAGGACAAGGAAGAGUGUGAGCAGCAUCGGAUGAGCUUAUGGUUUGGCAAGGAGGCUUUUGCUGAAAUUGAUGAUGAUGCUGACGAAGCGCUAGAGAUCGGGCAGGCACAAGUUCUGUCCCAGAACCGGGGAGAACUCACACCAGUCUCGAAGAGUGGCAGGAGGCAAAAGAAACUGCUACAACGUGGAACUGUGCCCGAAUCAAUGAGCAAGGAAGGUCUUGAACCUGAAGGAACUAAAGAUUCAUCUGAAGGGGAGGCCUCUGAGGGAGAGGACAGUGACAGCAGCGAUGAAGACAGGUUGCUGUCAGCCUCACAGGCAGGAAUGAAGCAUCUCCAAGAGAGCCGAAGUGGUAUUGAGGUGGUCCCCAUUAUAGAUCCAGUGAAGCGAGCUCGGGUUCUGGACCCUGAAGGACUGGCAUUAGGAGCAGUCAUUGCCACCUCCCGUAAGGCCAAGAGAGACUUGAUUGAUGGCUCUUUCAGCAGGUAUACUUUCAAUGAGGAGGAAGGGGAGCUACCUGAAUGGUUUGUGCAGGAGGAGCAGCAGCACCGGCGCAAACCAUUGCCUGUGGACCAUCAAUCUGUGGAGGAGUACCGCCAGCGCUGGCGUGAAAUUAAUGCUCGGCCUAUCAAGAAAAUAGCAGAAGCCAAGGCCCGCAAGAAACGGCGGAUGUUGAAGAAACUAGAGCAGAUGAAGAAGAAAGCAGAAUCUGUGGUGAAUACUGUAGACAUCUCAGAGCGUGAAAAGGCUGCCCAGCUACGCAGCAUCUACAAGAAAGCAGGUUUAGGGAAAGAGAAAAGGCAGGUGACUUAUGUUGUGGCCAAGAAGGGUGCAGGCCGGAAGGUUCGACGCCCUGCUGGAGUCAAGGGCCAUUUCAAAGUGGUGGACAGACGUCUCAAGAAGGACAUGAGAGCACAGAAACACAAGGAACAGAAACCAAGACGGAAAAGGCAAAAGUAAACUUGUCAUAACCUAAUGUUUUUGUGAAUAGAGUGGGCUCUGUUGACUCCUUGAAUACAUUUGGAUCUCAGAGGAAUAUUCUGGGACAUAUAACCACAUAACCUUGAGCUCAUUCAAUGGGCUAGUCCUUGUCCAAUAAACUGCUUUUAUGCUAUUCAGCCACUGAUGAUGUAAACUAUGUAAAGAUCAGGCAUGUGACACUAGGAUUUAUCACCUAGACCACUUGUCCUUGAGGGCUGUCUUUUCUUCAAGGUUUUGUACUUAUUUGUGUUUUAUUAAACUUUUUUUUUCCUGCAAAAGUUAUUUUUCAGACUGUUUUAAAUUUUCUUGCCAAGAAAGAAAAUAAAGUUUGCUGUAACUGAAGAUUUCCCAGAAGUGUAUGAAAUAGUCAGGUGUUGCCCAAGUUCAAGAGGAGGCCAGUGGAAUAAAUGCAGAAAAUCUUACUAGGUGUAGAGUGCAACAUUACCUCUGCUUUAAUUUAAUUCUUAAUUCUAUGACCACUUUUAUCUGUGAUUUUGUUUUAGGGUGACAUUUAACUUUACUGAACAGAUAAUUUAAGAAAAGUGUAUCUUGCAUACUCUAAGGCAAUCUUCUUGUGGUCCUCAGUAGCAGAUUUCUCAGGAAUGUAUAGGUAGGCCCAACCUGCCUUCAAAUUCUUUUAUGAGUCUUAUGUUAGCAGAAAACAAUAGAAAUGUUUUUUGAAGUUAAUAUUUACUUCUUUACCUUCUUUAAUCCAAAGAUGCAUAAGUACACAUUGCAUCAGCAAGUCCCAGAAGGUCUAAGAUAUUUUUGUUCUGUGUUUGGCUUCUCUCUUGGCCUGGCUGAGUGCUUAAUGCUAAAUUAUGGCCAUGUAAAGCAGACAUCUUUCUGCAAGUUCUAUUUCUGAGACCUCUUGAGAAUGAAAAAUGUCCUUCAGAUAUGGGUGAUAAUGCUAUGGCUAAAUAGAGAUUUCACAUUAAGCAAGCUUUUUUUUUUAAGCUUAGGAAUUUUUGUUUGUUUCUGCACAGUGCCUCCCACAGUGUCCUCAACUAAUGCUCUCCAGAUGGGUUGGACUUCAUUGUCCAUGCUGGCUGGGGGGAAUGUUUGUGAUGGCUACGUUUUACGAUCAGAAAGCACCAAGCACAUCAUUGCUUCAAGUUUCUUUAUUUGUUAGUUUGAUAUUUUUAAAAUGUACAAAUAGCCUUGAAAUAGAACUUCGGGUUUUUCCUAUAAUCUUUUCAAUAGUUCUUAUAAUACAACUUUAAAAGAUUACUACACACAUAGCUUACCUUUCGCUUCUUGCAUCUCUACCUACAUGAAAUAGCUAAUACUCUUUUCUCUUUUUACGCAUGUACACACUCUCUCUUUAGAGAUAUACACACACACACACUUUCUGUAUGCAGAUCUAUGGUGAGAAAAUUAUUUAAGAGAUGGGGAAGGCUCAUUCUUCACUUCAAUUGUUCCUAACAUGAAUGUCUACAGCUAAAAUAUAAUAAAUGUCUGAAACCAGAAUUCACAAAACUGAUAUAAAAUCAGCACAGAAGACUAAAAGUUUAAUAGUUUUAAAGGAUUAUAAAAGGCAUGUAUAAAACAAUCCAUCACAGUUUGUUUACAUAUCACAUUGUUCUCUAGUACAAAUAAAAAAUGAAGUACCACAAAAUACUGAUCGACAACUUCAAAUAUAUCAAAAUUUUAAGGGUAAAAAGGGGGUCAGUUUUUCUUUUUUAUAUCUUUAAACUGGACUUGGCCUGGACAGCACAGCAGAAGAGCCCUUAAAUAGCCUUUCAGACAGAGGGUUUUCCUCUGUGAAUUAAGAAAUAUGUUCUCUCUAAAAUAAUAACAUCACCAUCUCUGUAUUAAGCCAUUCAUUUAGCACAGCAGAGGGCAACCUCCUAAAGGUGCUAAACCAUUCUUUUUUACCUUCAGAGCCACUUCUCUCAUUUAUAAAAAAUGGGCAAAAAUGUUUUCCUGCCAUUUUAAGGUAUGAAAAAUAUACAGUAGAAACUAUACUAACAAAUAAACUUGAAGCAAAUUUUAAAAUAAAACUCUCCAAAUUUCCCCAAAAUCUAAGGGGAAAAACACAUCUUGGUUCAGCCCACUUUAUGGCUCAUAGAUGCCCACAAAGUUAUAUGCAGUUUCCAGCCAAUCAUAGGUUACCUACUCUUGUUUUAGCAGUUUAUAAUUUUAAAAAAGUCCUAUUGUAUGGACAGUGCCUUGCACAGGAAGGAUAUUCUGGGGAUAGCACCAUAAUCCUAGGGCUCCCAGCUGGGUUUUUAAGCAUUGAACUUUCUUUCAUGGGGAUAUGAUCUCCUGCAUCAGCCUGGCAUUCCAUUGAAUUUCUUAUUAAACUAGCAUUCUACAGUCUUGGUUCCCUGACAUGAGUCUAUGAAUUGUAACUUUCAAAUUACUAUAGAAGUAAUCAUAAGGGUAUUUUAUUCAUUUAAUAUAAUUUAAAUGAAACUGCAUCAAUUCCCAUUUUGCUCCAUACCCCACCUACUUUUUAGAACGUAGUCUGUACCACCUCACUUGAAUGUCAGAUUGGCCCUGAACCCAAGCUGCACAUUUCUGCUCACUUUCAAAGGCUGUUCACUCCAAGGCUGUUCUAAAGGGAGAGCUUAAGAAGGGAGAGCAGAGGGAUGCUGAAGUUGCCCAUCAACAGUUGGUAUCUUGAUAGGAUGUGCAAACCAUGCAAAUCUGGCAGCAUUUCUUGCUCAAAAUUUGACCAUCCUAAAGCUGGGUAUAAAGUGUGUAUGGAGCCUUUACAGGAAGAUCCCAAUGCACGUAGUCCCAGUUGGUACAAUCAGUACAUCGUAAGGUCAGGUAGGGCAGUUUUGGAUCUGCAAGCUUGGGAUUCUGUGUGUUUAAACACAUAUAAGAAAACCUCAAUUUGUAGACAGUCUAGAUUGGUGAGGCUUUCGAAAUGAGAAGCAUUUGCUCUGUAUCAGUAGAAUGUUUUUCCUUUACUCAAACCCAAACUUUUCUAUUAUCUGCACCGUUUUGAAGAGGGCUGGACGCAAUGCAGUAUGAGUAGCUGCCCUGCAAUGCUAAUUGGAGUGAUGUUAUUCAAACACAAUUUCUGAAUAUAGCAGGAAACUUCUCCUUUGCCUGCAGUUUCAUAUCAGAUACAAUUCUAAUUGCCAGCUCCAUUUUGCUAUUACUGUAUCAACACUGCUAGUUCAAGACCUGCUUCUUAAGGAGAACUUGAAUCACAUGCAACAUUGGGCAAUAUCCCGCUGUUACAAGGAAGAAAACUCCAUACUUCAUGUUCAUAUCUAGACACUUCCUUUAGAUCACAGAUAAGAAAUCUUCUGAUAAUAAACACAAGAGUCUUAAUUGCUAGGUUGGCCUUUUAAAAAUGGUUCUUCUGUGCUAUGUACUACCACCAUGGAUUACUUCUAGCCUCAGCCCCAGAACAGAGUUUUGGGUAUAAUAGAUCUCACACAGGCUGUAUUCCAUGUUGGCUUUUCCCUAAUAUUUCCAAACACCUUGCUUAGUGAUUUAGUUUCAAAUCAGAAACCUCCAAGGCUGAAAAUGUUUAAAAGGAGAGCCAAACCCCCAAAGAUGUCAUGUUAGAGUGGAAUCUUUUAAGAAUUUCAGAGUUGGGCCUCUACAUUCAAAAUGUAGUAAACUCUAACCUUCCUUUUGUGGUUUUAUAGAAAUUGUCCAUUCAAAUGUUAGAGCUUUAGCCAGCUUACAAGUCUGCUUAGGGCUCCCAUCACUCUUUAACCUCAAAUACCUGAGAAUAAUGCAUCCUGCACAUAUUCAGAAUAUAUUUAUAUGCCUUUACUUUUACUGUUUGGCCUGCUGGAAACAUUUUAAGUGAAGAAUAAAAUAUGAUCCGGCUUAGUAAUUCUAUAAACCUAAACACAAAGAGUACAGUGUUAAUAAAGUAGCAGUCAGUUAAAACAAGCUACAUAUGAUUGGGUGCAUUCACAGAAUAUGGUGAUAUGAAAAAAAUUCCAUGUUGGAAUGUUCCAUGUUGCUAGGACUCAAGAUUGCUCGGAACAGCCUGUUUGGAGACUAUAUCACUUCCUGGAUACUUGAAAUGGCCUAUAUUGCAAUCAGAAGAAUCUGAAACAGGAAUUUUCCAUGAUGGGCAUGGCCAACCACAGAACACUCAUUUUUCCAGGGGGUGAAUUAGCCUUCCAGGUUGCUUUACUGUCCUAGUGAAAUCUUUGCAUCUUCCAAAGACAUUGCUGCAGUGUGAUACUAGAGACUGGUG